AUGUCUUCUGCAUCUGGACAGCCCCAGUUCCGUUAUACCCAACCGCCAUCUAAGGUUCUUCAUGUGAGAAAUUUACCCUGGGAAUGCACAGAAGGGGAAUUGAUUGAAUUAGGCACACCAUUCGGUAAAGUUAUCAACACAAAAUGUGGUGUCGGUGCAAACAGGAACCAAGCUUUUAUUGAAUUCGUAAGUGUUGGCGCAUUUUAAUUUCGCAAUGUUAUGCGUUCUAUUUUUUAGGCCAUUUAUUGACUUUGUUUUCUAUCGUAUUUUCUCCCCACAUUCAGGCAGAAAUAAAUCAAGCAAUCGCAAUGAUCUCGUAUUAUGCUUCAUCAGCAGAACCAGCACAGGUACGGGGGAAAACCGUCUACCUUCAAUAUUCCAACAGACAAGAAAUUGUCAAUAGCAAAACUACCGGAGAGGUUGCUAGCAAUGUAUUAUUAGUGACAAUUGAGGGUGUCUUGGCGGGUGAUGUCAGCAUUGAUGUCCUACACUUGGUAUGAAAGUCUUGUUUCAAUGAGAAUACAUGAGUUUUACAUAUUAUAUUGUUCAUUGACUUUGUUCUCUGGAAGACGCUGAUAUGCUUAAGUACUCUGCAUGUAGUUUAUAGUCAUUAUACAGUUUUUGGUUGGCACAGAUCAGCAGGUCCAUGUCAUGGAAGAAACAUCUUUGACGGAAACCCUCUGCAUCUGGAGAAAGCGCAUGUGUGUUUGUCUCCUUUCCCUUGCUUCCCACUACCUCUCCACCCUUUUUCUCUCCCCUGUCCUUAUCGUAUGAAGUCAAAGGACUAAUGUUUCUUCUUCCCUCUUCAAUCCUUUAUCCACUACUCAAAGUCCGUUAAGUUGAAAAAUGACACUUCCAUGUUUUUUGAACGUGACGUUUGUUACAAUGUGCCAAUAGAGUUAUUUAUUCCUUUAUACUUUGUUAGUAUGUAUGUUGAUAUCAACUAACCAUGAAAUUUCAUGGUUUCUAAGCUAUCAUUUUUCUUCUCUUUCCAGUAGACACGGAUAUUACUAUGAUAUUUUUCCUUUCAUGAGAAGUGAGAGUGUGAUAUCAAUGGACACACUAAAAUGAGUGACUUUUAUAUAAUGGUGCUGUCUCACUAAAAUCAUGGCGUACCAUCAGCCAAUAUCUUUCUCCUACAGGCAUAGUGAAUCCCCUUUAGAAAAGGUGUCCCAAUUGCCAGUGUAUUUUAUGACGUAAAUCAUCAUCAGUUUUUUCUACUAAUGUUGUUUUUUUAAUCAUAUAUCAUCAUUCAGGUUUUACCUCAUUCCUCAACAUGGAAGAGUACCAACCAUGUUUAGUAAUAUAAGUGUCCCUGAACAACAAUGGUUGUUUCGGAUGUAAUAAGAUAAUUUAUAUUCCUUUCAUCACGCUCCCUUCUCUCUCUCUCUCUCUCUCUCUCUCUCUCUCUCUCUUGCUCACUCGCUCUCUGUCUAUCUUUCUACCUAUCGCACUCACUGAUUCAUUCUGACUCGGAUGAUUGUGAUCAGUUUUUCAAGAGUCUAAUUCGCGCCUCACAUGAAGAUAUGCGUAGUUUCUGGUUCAAUGGUUUUAAGGGGAAUUCUAUGUUUUUAAAAGAGUGAUGUUUUAGAAUUUUGUGACUCAGAUGCAGGUUAGUCCACGUCACAGCUGAGUUGGUAGAGUAUGACUCAGUUUUACCAUCUUUUCCGUCACAAAGCUAUACCAAGUCCUCCUUCCUUGACAUAUAGUCAACAUGUUUUGCCCUCCUUUCUUCAAAUUCCCUCUAGUUAAUAAUGGAGUAUCCUGCGAACAAGAGUUCCAGUUUCACUGCACGCCCCUAUUUUUGCUCCGUCGCAAGAAAUGCAUUUAGGUUUAGGUGAUUUUUUUGGGGCUGAUGCUCGGUUCGUAAUCAGGACUUAGAUGUUCCCUUAGGUGUAAGACGGUUCUAUUUAGUGAUAAAUCUUCUACUUAAAGAGACAACCCGAUGGCAUUUUUCUUUCAAAAACAGUAUUAAUGUCCACAAGUUUCAGUUGUAGUUGAUGUUGCUGCUGGAUCAGUACUUCUGAUAAGAUUUUUAUAUAAAGUUAGCAUAGAUGGUCUGCAAUGACCGUCAUACCAAAGCUUUCCGUUUUCCCCUGCAUUGACAACCAUUUAUGUAGGAAUUUCUCUCAAAAAUUGUAACUUGACCUGUGCUGCUCUACUGGCUUUUCUUCUGUUGGCUCUAUCUUAAUUGACAAGCUGUAGCUUCUUCUCUGUUCUAGUGUCUCGUCCCCACUGCUUAAUUAAAAAAAAAUCCCAAUAUAUUAAAAUUUUCUUUUGAUCACCUUCUGGAUCUUGUAAAUUGAGAAGAGUUAAGUGGCUAUGCUGUAUUAUACUCUUUUGAGAAGAACCUACCUUCUUCCUGCUAGUUUAACUGUAAUAUUUCACCUGUCAAGUUGUUUGUCGAAUGACAGUCAUAUCAUUCCAGCCCCUAACGACCACAGGAUAUUAGAUGUCUUGUCUAUCGUUUUUGUAAAUUAACGAGUUGACAUCUGGAAAAGGACCAAAUAAUUUAGGACCUGUCUGUCAGAAAUUACUUAUCCCACUCUGUCUACUAAUAUCUACAUCCAUCAUUAGGAUUUUCAUAGAUUCACCUAAGAAGAAACCUUGCCCCUCCAGAGUUUUUAACAAUGGAAGAACUGCGAUCUGUACUUAAAAGUAAUUUUUUAUAUGUUACUUCAGACGUCAGUAGUGCAGAAUCGCAGCAGCUACACAGAUGUCUAGAAACGUGUAGAUGAGAAAUGCUCCUGCAUACAGAUUUGAACCAUUCAGGGGUUGGUCGGUCGUCUCCGUUAUGAAAUGUCUCUCAGUAAUCAUCACCUCUGAGAAUUUGUCGUUUUUGUUGUUGUUUUCAUUUUGAGUCUUUGGUAUCCCAUCUGUAGUGUUCUGAACCAAUAAAUUCCAAUCUGAGGCAGUGUUCUAGGAUUGAAUCUGGGAGUCGCCAAUUCGGAUUGAGGAAAUUUGCGUUGAUCUUUGUUUUCGAUAGAUGGAUGGUCGAUUGAUUCAGUGUUGGGCUCUUAUGGCCUUUCCUCUGGUAACAGGUUGGAGAGCUGGAGAAAGAAGAUUAAAGGGGAGGAGGAAAAGGGAAAGAGGUCAUAGGCUGCAGUCUACUGAGGAAGACAAAGAGUGGAGGCUGCACGACAAAAAGAAAAAAAAGAACUAGUAAAAAAUAAAUCUAACCUCACCAUCACCCAUUGCCAUCUUCUCCUUUCUGCCUUUGCCUGUGUGCCCAUGUGGGGUGCUUUCUGCUGCCACCCACUGAAAGGGAAUACUCCAGGACCCCUUUUAUAAAAAAAAUUCUCUACAUCGCCUUUUGCUAAAACUGUUUUUCUCCAUAUCCUAAAAAAUGAUAAAUAUAGAAUUUGUUUACAUUUAUAACCGGAUUGUUUUUUCUCUCCAUAGUUUGGGAAUUCUGCCAGCACAGUCUGAUCCAACCUGUGGUCCUAUUACCUUUGCAAUAUUGUCUGAUACAGUUUACACUUCACUUCCGAGAUAUCUCUGCAGCUCGACAUGCUGAUUUUUUUUUUUGCCUUAGCGUAGGCAUAAAUAUGUUGAAUGCGUUGAAUUGUUAGUGAUUCGUGAUUUGUUUUAUAACUACUGGUGUAAUGUGCAGGUUUUCUCUGCGUUUGGCUUUGUUCACAAGAUAGCUACGUUUGAGAAGACAGCUGGUUUCCAGGUCAUAUUCUUUAGGACUUUGGCUUGUUUCAAGUCAUCUCUACUUAUCUAGUAUUAUUUUGCAGAUGAAGAUGAAGAUUAUUAAUCGUUUUGGUGAAGUUCCUCUUACUUGCAGGCACUGAUUCAGUUUUCUGAUACCGAAACUGCAACUUCUGCAAAAAUUUCUCUCGAUGGAAGGAGUAUUCCGAGGUGAUGAAAAUUCCCUUUAAUUGUCAUCUAGAUGGUGGCCCUAGAUAGCCUUUAAUUGACAUGGUCGUCUUUGUUUCCUUCUUCUUUGAGCAGAUAUCUACUUCAGGAACAUGUGGGCCAAUGUAGUUUGAGGAUAACAUAUUCUGCGCAUAGGGAUUUAAAUGUGAAGUUUCAGAGUCAUCGUAGCAGGUUAGCCUUGUGUUUCUUUGGUGCAUAAGAGACAUCUUUAUUGUCUCUAGGGCAGAAUGCCCUUAUAUUGAUAGUUGAAUUAACAUUAAAAAUGUUUAUGCUAAAAUCGUAGAUAUAUUUAUAUAUAUAUAUAUAUCCCUUUUACAAUUAGCUUAAUAUUUAGAAACUCAAAACAUAUGAAGGAAAAUGUUAAUUUGUUAUGCUCUUUCUUGUAUAUUCACAAAACUCAUAUUGCUGCUAAAUUUCUUGUCGUUCUCAUAAGCUUACUUAUUAGUAUAAUUUACUCAUCCCCACGAAUGUGUAGCAUUUUCUCCUGACAGGAGAUGCUUAACGCUAACUAGUAUAAAGACAUGCCUGGCUGGGAGGAAAUGUUGAUCUAUCCUGGAGUUAGUGCAGAGCUCCAAAGAGGCUACAGAGUAUGUUGGGAAAAAAAAAAAACUGGUAGAAGUGUCCAUAUUCUAUAAAAUAAAUUGAAUGUAAUCAGUUUUUUGCCCCAUGGAUUGCACAGUGACGUUUAAAGAUGAAUUUUUGUUUGUAGGAAUGGUAUAUUUCAGAAACGAAAACUUUUAAUUAUUGUCUUUUUCCUUCAUAGUUAUUGUUCUUUCCAUUUAUUUGUGGCAUAUUCAUGUGCAUCAAUGGUUUUAACAUCUGUCAUCUUCGCCAGGGACUAUACCAAUCCAUAUCUUCCGGUGGCUUCAUCAGCUAUUGAUGGUAGCGGCCAGGUGAAUAUCUGUGGAUAGACUGUCAAGAAGAUCUGUUUUAGAUGUUAGUGGAUUUCUCCUGUUGUCACUGUACAAUUGCUUUACUGCGAUAUUUUUUUUAUUACCGCAGUUUGGUCUUGGCACUGAAGGCAAGAAACAGGAACCAGAGAGCAAUGUACUCCUUGCAUCCAUUGAGGACAUGCAAUUUGCUGUUAGCAUUGAUGUUCUUCAUACGGUAGUUGCAUCAAUUCCUCUAAUACCGAAUUUUCCUUAGUCAUUUAACCUGAUUAGCCCGUAUCGUUUCGCCAACAGGUCUUUUCUGCAUUUGGUCCUGUCCACAAGAUCGCAAUUUUUGAAAAGAAUGCUGGUUUCCAGGCAUUAAUUCAAUAUCCUGGUAAGAUCUCAUCAGUUGCCAUUUCCUUAGAGCAUAAGGGACUGGGCCAGCUGUUGGAUAUUACAGUCUUAUGGCCGGUGUUCGACAUUAAACAGAUUUAUACCUAACUUUUUUAGUUUUUAUUUUUUGAUUUUUAUGCUAAAAGCAAUGUCUUGGGUAAUAUAUAAAGCUUCUGCUCUCUUCCUGCGUACAGAGAAUUGAAUUGUUUUUUUUUCUUUGGUUACGUUAGAUAAAAGAAAACAGCAGGUUCCAGGCUGUACGAACCGGACUGAAUGUGUUUAGGAAACACUCCAGCUGCACAGUUCAACGAAGUGUCGACUGUAUUUCAAUUUUGGCUUUCCCGUGAAGAUCUGUUAUACCUAAAAUAGCCCUGCCAAUGCAAGUUGAACUGCGAAAUUUGGAACAGAUCAGAAAGAUCUUUGUCUAGGGAAAGAUAAUCAUGAAAGAUGAUUUGCGGUUUUUGAAGGUUUUGAAUCGUGGGGAUUGGCUUUUUCCUAAAUGCCCUCUGUUGCAGUCCUGGGGGGUUACUAAAGCCAACAUAUUGGCUGCAACAGUUGGUACAAUCAAAUGUUUUGGAUGAACUUUUGUAGCUCUCAUAUCAAAAGAGGGAAGGCAUCCUCUGGUGCAUGUUGGUCUGCUAAACAAUUGUGAGAACCUCAGGCUGCUUUGGCAGAUCAUGAGGACGAUGAUAUGAGAACCGUAAGUUCUCGGAUCAGUUGCUGUCUGGUCGGAAUUUAGGCGAGGUUAGAUUGUUGAUAUGCAGGGAAAUGGCUGACAUCAUUAAAAAGAUGACAGGGUAAGGAGGUGGGCAGCAGUCUCAGAAGGAAAGGGACUUAAGCUUUUGUAACCUUGUCUUUGUGUUCCUUUCUUCUUCUUCUUCUUGAUGUGAUUAAUCUCACAGUGAUGAUGAGAAAUAGAAUUCUCAGGCGAGGUUAGAUUGGUUAAAUUGGUUGAUAGUGCAGGGGAAAUGGCUGACGCCAUUAAAAAUAUGACAGGUUAAGGAGGUGGGCAGCAGUCUCAGAAGGAAAGCGUCUUAAGAUUUUUUUAACCUUAUCUUUGUGUUCCUUUCUUCUUUCUUCUUUUUGAUGUGAUUAGUCUCAGAGUGAUGAUGAGAAAUAGAAUUCUCACAAUGACGAUGAUGAUAUUCCAACUUUAAAGAAUGCAUAUCUAAGUUUCAUUGCUCAAUUGUUUUCCAUUGUAGCGGGUAUUCUCUGAGGGUUGAUGCAUACUUGUGUGAUAUGUUAUUGGUUUCUAAUAUGCAGACAUACCGACGGCAACUGCUGCAAAAAAUUCUCUCGAAGGUCAUUGCAUCUAUGACGGUGGCUUUUGCAGGAUUCAUCUUGCCUAUUCGUGCCAUACUGAUCUUAAUAUCCAGGUGCACUACGUGUCUCGCUAUCUAUUUCUUCUCUGUAUUCCCCAUGAUUUCUGUGAUUUUCUCUGUAAUGAAUAUACAUCCUGCGAUUGUGGACAGUGGAAUGUUGUCUUUGUGAUUCUUUUGCAUCAACGUUUGAAUGAUCCAAUCCCCAGGGCAUGACGGCUGUGCAUAUGGUUAUUGGGUUGCUAUAUGCUAGCUGAGAAGUCUCGUCAUUACAGACAAAGCUGUUCAUGUUGCGGUCCAUAGUGCAUCCUUGUCUUCAUCCGUUGACCUUUGUUAGAUUUUCUGGUACCAUCACAAUUGAAUUAACUCAUGCCCCGGAAUCUUCUAGAGCAUGAUUUGACCAUCAAAGUCUCACCAUUUUGGCUGUAGAACACUAUUGGGUAAACCCGAAAUAUGUUUCUUAGUUUGUAAUGAAAGAUCAGACGUGCGGCUCAUUAUGUCCUCCUUUUUAAAAAAAAUCUAUGAAUGGAUAUAGAAAGGGUUUGCAACUUCAGAGAUCAUUUCCCAUUGGAGGCGAUUGAGAUGCAAAAAGUUUAAGUUUUUCAAGUGUCUAGUAUCACAUUUCUUUCCGAAAUUUUUUCCCUUCUGACAUUUUUGUUUCACUUUUCGCUUCAAUUCCUGUUUAUGUAGUCUUCAUGCGAAAAUCUUAGAUUGCCCAGUUCAGUUCUGGAUUUCCCGCUGCGAUUUAUUCUGAUAUUAUUGUCUGCAGACGUCCAUGAUUGAGGCUUACUUCUUGUGCGAGGAUCACUAGCUUGUUCUUAGUGUUUUUUUUUUUUUUUUUUUUUGGUUUGAACGAAGUAGAAGAUCGCCAUAUCGAUCCAGUUCAUCGAGUUCCCUGUGGAGAUAACAUGGGUUUCUUGUGAAUCGCCUCUCUCAGACGAACAAUGACAGGGGAAGAGACUACACGAUCCAGGGCUCUGCCACGCCCGGCGGCCAGCCUUCCAUUCUGGGGCAUCAGCCCCAUCCUUCCCUCGAGCCCGUCGGCUCCCAGUACGGCGGCGUCCCUCAAGCUUCCGCCUUUGGAGGAAUGGGUCACAGACUCCACCCGGGCGGCUGGGAAGUAGGAACUUCCCACAUGCACGGUCAGAUGUACGCCUUCCCCGGGGGCAUGCCGAUGCCUCCGCAGGCCGGUCAACCGCCGCACUUCCCCUUCGGACGGCCGUACUGA